AUGGUUGCUUGUCCAAUUUGCAGUAAGGCCGUUAGAUCAAGAGACAUUAACGCCCACAUCGAUUCCUCCUGCGAAUUGUUUCUCGAUACUGGUUCUCCGCCACUCACUCAGCAACAGAAUGCUUCCCAGAAACCACUUGUAUCCGUCUCAACCUUCUUCCAGACUCCAGCGGCCAAACGAGCUGCCGUAUAUCCAACUCCCAAGGUAGAACCUGGUUCGACCUUGAGCUUCCAGCCCAAGGCUCAGAGCAAUGGAGUGGCUACUCCAACUCAACCCGCGCGGAAGAGAUCCUUCGAAGAUAUCACCCCUCUGGCGAAGGAAGCGAAAGAGGCGGACGCUCCAGCAAGCGUAGAGGAUUCCCAACCUUCAAAGAAGCCAAAGACCAAUGCCUUCCAAAAAGCUGCGCCAUUGGCAGAACGAAUGCGGCCAACGUCCUUGGAUCAAGUGUGCGGGCAAGAACUGGUUGGAGAACAUGGUGUGCUGAGGAGCUUGAUUGAACAGGAUCGCGUGCCGUCGAUGAUCUUAUGGGGAAGUGCUGGAACGGGCAAAACGACAAUUGCGCGCUGCAUAGCUUCCAUGGUGGGCAGCAGGUUCGUGGAGAUCAACAGCACAAGUUCUGGAGUGGCGGAUUGCAAGAAGAUAUUUGCAGAGGCCAAGGGAGAGUUGGGUCUGACGGGACGGAAGACAAUCAUUUUCUGCGACGAGAUACAUCGCUUUUCAAAAUCACAACAAGACGUUUUUCUUGGACCGGUAGAAUCUGGGCAGGUUACGCUGAUUGGGGCUACGACGGAGAAUCCAUCCUUUAAAGUUCAGAAUGCAUUAUUGUCACGUUGUCGGACUUUUACUCUUUCGAAAUUGACUGACGAUGAUAUACUCCAGAUAUUGGAGCGUGCACUUUCCGCAGAAGGCCAGAACUAUUCGACGUCAGAUUUGGUGGACUCGGAACUUCUAAAAUACCUAGCUGCUUUCUCGGAUGGAGAUGCUCGGACAGCACUGAACCUCCUAGAGUUGGCUAUGGGACUGUCAACCAGGCCAUCAAUUACAAAAGACGAGAUUAAGGCUUCCUUGACGAAGACACUGGUCUAUGACCGAGCUGGAGAUCAACAUUAUGAUACAAUAUCUGCAUUCCAUAAGUCAGUACGUGGCAGCGAUCCAGAUGCGGCUCUCUAUUACCUGGCACGGAUGCUACAGUCCGGAGAAGAUCCUCUGUACGUUGCUCGAAGAAUGGUCGUCAUCGCAUCAGAAGACGUUGGCUUAGCCGACAACAGCAUGUUAAGUCUUGCAACAGGCGCCUACACAGCUGCAGAGAAGAUUGGAAUGCCAGAAUGUAGGAUAGCAUUAGCUCAUGCCACAGUUGCACUCUGUUUAGCUCCGAAAAGUACCAGGGCAUACCGGGGACUUAACAACGCUUACGCCGCGUUGCGAGAACCUGGAGUUGCCAGCCUACCGAUCCCAAUACACCUGAGAAAUGCGCCGACGAAGCUUAUGAAAGAGCUGGGUUACGGAGACGAAUACAAAUAUAACCCGAACUAUAAGGAAGGGAGAGUCGUACAAGAAUACCUUCCAGAGCAACUCAAGGGCCGGACAUUUUUGGAAAACAGAGACCUGGGGACUGAAAUUGAUCCUGGGGCAUGGUGA